CUUAUUCGCUUUUCCCAGGGAUAUUUUCAUUUUGGGACCGUCCACACAUACGCAGUUGAAGGUAUCUUCAAGCCCCGAGCUCUUCGGUUCUCUUCCAUGGCGGUCUCGGUUUCAUCGUCCGCGAUUCCUUCUUUGAACUUGGAACUUUCCACUCGUUCAUUACAUUCUUCUAACUCGAUAAAACUAUCUUCCCUUGCGUCGCUGCAAUUUCCAGUGCAGACCCAGCUUCUUCGAAUUGGCGGCCUCGGGGUCUCCACUCCCUCCCGGCCUCGAACCCUUCCUUUGGUUAAAGCAAAGAAACAAACUUUUUCUUCUUUUGAUGAUUUGCUUGCUAAUUCAGAGAAACCUGUCUUGGUUGACUUUUAUGCAACCUGGUGUGGUCCUUGUCAAUUUAUGGUUCCCAUACUAGAUGAAGUAAGCACUCGGCUUAUAGAUAAGAUACAGGUAGUGAAGAUUGAUACUGAAAGGUAUCCUAGCAUCGCUGACAAAUACAGAAUUGAGGCAUUGCCUACUUUCAUCAUCUUUAAGGAUGGAAAACCUCUUGAUCGCUUUGAGGGAGCAUUGACUGCAGAUCAGCUCAUUGAACGCAUUGAGGCCGGUCUCAAAGUUAAACAAUAACCCUUGUUAACCCAUAUUAUUAGUAUUACCCAAUAUUUAGACACCGGUUUUAGAAAUCCUGCAUGAGGACAUCUGUCACUUGAUUAUGUUGUCUUUCUCCUCUGCAAUCACUCCCCUCCAAUUUCAUUAUUUUGUUACUCAUUCAAUCUUUUCUAGCAGUGUUAAAGAAGCUUGUUUCUUUUUUCUUUUUUUUUUUUUCUUUUUUUGUUUUACCAAAGGAGGUUGUUUGAUUGAAUGCUGAUUCUUUCGGAAUACAGGGCGCUAUGUUUUUCCAAAUAUUUUUUGGGACGUCAUUGUUGUAUCUUAUAAGACGUGCAAAUUCUGAACUUGAGAACUGGUCUCAAUUUUGUUAGCAUGUUA